GGUUUGUCGACAGAGUGCAGUAAAAAAUUGGCAGUCCGGGAGCGUUCAAGCGCGUGUCAGACUCCCCUAUGAUGGGGAGCAAUUGCUUUGAACUUUGCGCAGGAUUUAAACACCCACUUGUGCUGCAUAUAGUUGUUAUGCAUGCCUUUUAAUCUGAUGCAGAGAGUGCUUGUGCGCACUUUGAUGGAGUGGAUGGGUGCUGAUGGUGAUAAAAAAAAAGCUCCAACAUCGAAUUUCUGCAGGAGAUUCAUGCAGAGGGUGAAGGGAAGAGUGUCGGCAGUUAGUGUUUCACUCUGCGCCAAGAAGUUAUUUGGAUUCACGCAGACCACAUUGAGGCAUGUCCGUCGGAUUGAGGCGUCCUACAGGGAGAGAGGGCUGGGUAAUGCGUCUCUGGAAACAGGUGGAUGAAAGGAGCGAUCGGAGGCGCGGAUCUUUCUGCUGUUUAUCUUUGUUGUUUGCUGUGCUCAUCUUUGAACAACUGCUCCAAACCAGAGAAGAGGCGCAUGGAUUUGUGCUAAAGAAGCAAGGAUGGAAGCAUGGACUCAUAUCUUAGAACAGAGCACAGGACUCUAACCCACUGACAGCAGAUAUCAUUGUUGAUGUUGACAUGUGCCAGCUGGCAUCUUCUGUUCCUCUCUUGCCCUUCUUUAUUCAGGAGAACCAAUGCCCAAAUGGUUUUCCCGUCCAAGUGUGGUCCAGUUCAGCUCUCCCUGACCAUUUCAUGGGCCACAGACACACUCAAGCACCCAAGGCUGCUGCUUGACUCAACCCCACUGUACACCUCGCCCCUCCACCCUGACCCCUAACCUCCACCCUUCGCUCUCCUGUCUCACUUUUGCUGAGUGUCUCGCGUUCUGCUGGACCCCAAACCCUCCCUGAGCCCAUCAUGGUGACCUGCAUUCCCGCUCUGGUUCUGGCAAUGAUGUGUCAAAGCACCUUGCUCUCAGACCCGCCGCCAUCACGCCGCGAGAUCCGCAUCGAGGGCGACCUGGUCCUCGGCGGCCUGUUCCCGGUGCAUGAAAAAGGAGCCGGAAUGGAGGAGUGCGGUCGGGUGAACGAGGACCGAGGCAUCCAGAGGUUGGAGGCCAUGCUGUUUGCCAUAGACAGGAUCAACACGGAUAACUCUUUACUGCCAGGAGUCACCCUGGGGGUCCACAUCCUCGAUACCUGCUCCAAAGACACAUACGCACUGGAGCAGGCUCUGGAGUUUGUAAGAGCGUCUCUUACCAAGGUGGAUGACACCGAGUUCAUCUGUCCAGAUGGAUCUUACGCCCUGCAAGAGGACAGCCCGCUCGCCAUCGCGGGAGUCAUUGGAGGAUCGUUUAGCAGCGUCUCCAUACAGGUUGCCAAUCUUCUCAGGCUCUUCCAGAUCCCUCAGAUAAGCUACGCUUCAACGAGUGCCAAGCUCAGUGAUAAGACACGCUACGACUACUUUUCCCGCACUGUACCCCCUGACUUUUACCAAGCUAAAGCCAUGGCUGAGAUCCUCCGGUUCUUCAACUGGACAUACGUUUCUACCGUGGCAUCAGAGGGGGAUUAUGGUGAAACUGGUAUAGAGGCCUUUGAGCAAGAAGCACGCAUGCGAAACAUCUGCAUUGCCACUUCAGAGAAGGUUGGGCGUUCCAAUGCCAAGAAAUCCUACGAAGCGGUGAUCCGUCAGCUUCUGCAGAAGCCCAACGCUCGUGUGGCGGUCCUUUUCCUGCGCAGCGACGAUGCCAGGGAGCUGCUGGCAGCAGCCGCCAGACUUAACACCUCUUUCAUAUGGGUGGCCAGCGAUGGCUGGGGUGCCCAGGAAAGCAUAGUCAAGGGGAAUGAGGUCACCGCUGAAGGAGCUAUCACACUCGAACUGGCCGCCAACCCAUUACCAGAAUUCAACCGCUACUUCCUCAGUCUGAACCCUGCCAGAAACCACAGGAAUCCUUGGUACAAAGAGUUCUGGGAGCAGAGGUUCCAGUGCUCCUUGGGUGGAAGUUCAGGACACGGAGAGACGUCACAUCUGCCAUCGUGUGACCAGAACUUGUCAAUUGACAAAAGUCACUUUGAACCGGAGUCCAAGAUCAUGUUUGUGGUCAACGCAGUGUAUGCCAUGGCUCAUUCUCUUCACAAUAUGCAGCGGAGUCUAUGUUUCAACACCAGCAAGAUGUGUGACAGCAUGAAGCCCUUGGAUGGGCGCAAACUCUACAGGGAUUACAUCCUUAAUGUCAGCUUCCCAGCCCCUUUCUCUCCACCAGGCAGUGAGACGGUGGUGAAGUUUGAUUCCCAGGGGGACGGCAUGGGCAGAUACAACAUUUUCAGCUACCAGCGCUCCGGUGAGCGUUACGGUUAUGUGCCAGUAGGUGAAUGGGCGGAGAGUCUGACUCUGAACAGUGAUUUGAUUCACUGGCCCAGAGAAGUGGUACCCACCUCACAGUGCAGCGACCCCUGUGAGCGCAAUGAGAGGAAGAAAAUGCAGGCAGGCGAGUACUGCUGCUGGAUCUGUACAGCCUGUGAAGCCCAUGAAUAUCUGGCAGAUGAGUUCUCCUGCUCGUCCUGUGCUCUUGGUCAGUGGCCCACUGAUGACCUGACGUCCUGUUAUGACCUUCCUGAGGACUACAUCAUGUGGGAGGAUGCUUGGGCCAUCGGUCCAAUUACCAUAGCGUGUGUUGGGUUCAUGUGCACUGGCCUGGUCAUCUGGGUGUUUGUAAGGCACAACAACACACCGCUGGUGAAAGCUUCAGGCAGGGAGCUGUGCUACAUCCUCCUCUCAGGAGUCUUUAUGUCAUACGCCAUGACUUUCCUCUUUUUGGCCAAACCUUCCCCUGCCAUCUGCGCCCUGCGGCGCCUUGGUCUGGGUACGUCCUUUGCCGUGUGUUACUCCGCGCUUCUUACCAAAACCAACAGAAUUGCAAGGAUUUUUAACGGCGUGAAGGAAGGAGCGGGUGCAGUGAGGCCACGCUUCAUUAGUCCAUCCUCUCAGGUGUUCAUCUGCCUGAGUUUGAUCUCUGUCCAGUUAUUGAUGGUCACAGUGUGGCUGCUGCUGGAGGUCCCGGGGACAAGACGCUUCACUUUGCCAGAACGAAGACAGACAGUCAUCCUCAAAUGUAAUGUACGGGAUUCUAGCAUGCUGCUGUCCCUGGGAUACGACGUGCUUCUGGUCAUCUUGUGUACUGUGUAUGCCUUUAAGACCAGGAAGUGCCCCGAGAACUUCAACGAAGCCAAGUUUAUUGGAUUCACCAUGUAUACAACUUGCAUCAUCUGGCUGGCCUUUCUUCCUAUCUUCUACGUCACAUCCAGUGAUUACAGGGUUCAGACCACCACCAUGUGCAUCUCAGUCAGCCUGAGUGGCUUUGUGGUGCUCGGCUGUAUGUUUGCUCCCAAGGUCCACAUCAUUAUGUUUCAGCCCCAGAAGAAUGUGACCAGCCACAGGCUCAACCUCAACCGCUUUAGCGUCAGCGGAGCUGCUGCCACAUACGCCUCUCAUGCUUCUGUCAGCGCUCACUUCGUCCCAGCUGUGUGCAACGGGAGAGAAAUCGUGGACUCCACCACUUCAUCUCUGUGACCACAUCCAGUCUGCUUUAAAUCUGCCCCCCUCCUGCGCGACUGUUAGCCCGGUGACGAACAUUACCCCGUCCAGCUCCAUACUUACACCCCAAAAACACACACAAACAUAUGAAGACAUGCACACCCACCCUUCUGAUGGACUGUAACUCUGUCGUUUCACAAAUGUAGAAAGUGUGUAACUAUAAUUAAAUUAUUUUCUAGGGAUGUACAUACAUGGAAUCGACAUUGUUGUACGUAGAGAAACAAAAGAACAAAAAAAGUUUUUAGGAGGAAUUUUUUGGAGCCUUUGUUUUUGAUAGCUUUGUUAUGACGCUGUGUAAAUAGACAUUGCGCUUAACCAUGGUAGGAGGGCGGCGUCUCUCAGUCUGGAUGCAUAUUUGUGGCUCGGCUUGCCUCACCUGCAAUACUCACCGACUUUUUAUUCUCAUGCCUUUUUUUAGCUUUCAUUGUAAUAACGAUUCUGUACGUAUUUCCAAUGUUUAUCUGUACAUUUGUACAUAAUAUUACCGAUGGUUCAAACAGCACAAUGUUGAAGUUCUUGUAACCCUAAACUGAAUGUGGACAUAAAGUGGACAGGAAAAAAAAAAAAAAAAAGAUAGAAAGAUGAUUUGAUCUCACUCAUCCUUUUACAUCUUUAUAGAUGCACAUUGCAUCCAGGAUUUGUAUACUGACCUACUGUGGCUGUUUUAGCUGGAAACCAUGUUUUGCUUUUGAUACAAAAUGUUCAUUUUAUUGAUGCUAUAAUGGAAUCCCUUUAUCUGAAUGGCCAUUGUUUGUGUUGAGCAAAGCAGUCCCACUCUUCAAGUGCUGCUUCUCUGAAAGACUGCCGUGAUGUGUCCCCAAUAAUUAUUAAUAGCUGGAAUGAGAAAA